CGACGGAGUCUGCGAAUCUCGCUCUCGGCUUCGUACUUUAGCGUAGAUCGAUUUAUCUCUGUAACCUGCGGUUAGAUACGAGCAUGAAGCGGCGGACAAUCGACAUGACAGAAAGGGAGAUGAUAAUAAAUUCAUCUCGGAUAUAAUUUGAUAAAUUUAUUACAUAACCACGUCGUUUCAUCUUUACGUGCAUGAAAUGUGCAGACCGGAGUGGAGAAAGUCGGAGGUCGAAAUUCGGAUAAGCCGGUGGCCUUUUCCUCAUUGGGGGUGGUCUCGAGCUGAGUCGGAGAAUAAUGGCAUGCAUAAUAUCAUGACAUCGCUGGGGUGCAAUUGAAAGUCGAUCAUGCAGUGCUUACCAACUUCUUCUUGAGCUUUGCGCGUGAGGAUUCGCCAUUGACAGCUGGGGGAAGAACCCUCGAUAAUCCACUAUGAUGGUGCGAACCACUCUUGCACGCAUAUUGUCCGAACGAGGAGCGAAGGAAUAAAAGGCACUGCGAUUAGAUGGGUCCGAGAGAAAGCUCCCCACUUAACUCGCAAUUUACGUGGGUAGCUUUCUGUGGUCACGGGUGAUUGGAUUGUGGUCGAAGAGAGCUCACCUCCCCAUUCCGAGGCGGGUCUUCCAUCAGUCUGGGGGUCGAGGAAACAAUGCUCCGAAGAAUGGACGAGUGCAACCCUUUCGGUGGCGAGAUCUCCUCGGAGAAAAAGCAGCCAUCGUUCACCAUCAUUCGACGGUGGAUCUUAAAUACGCAUACGCACAUGUGCGAAAGACGAUAUACGUAUGGAAUACGGUUUAGGAGAGCACUGGCAAACAUAUUAAAUUGCAAAGGGACUUGGGCUGGUUAUGAUGCGCUCAUCAAGUAUUCCAGGAUUUUCAUCAGUAAAGUAGUGUCCUUAUUUGUAAGAGAUCUGAUACUUCUAAGUCAGUUCCUUGAAGUUCCCGGGAACGCGUACUCUCGUCGGAUGAUUGUGGCGGAGCCAAGCGUUGUAUGAUUCUGGGACGAAUGCAAAAGGAGUUCGUCUCCAUUUACAACUUUGGGAUCUUUUUGUGAAAUAAAUGCUCGAUCUAAAGGGGGC